CCACCAGGUCUACAGUAACUACACCCGUCACUCCGUCACCGACCACCACCUACCACACGUCCAGGCAGGAUGGCAGCGCACCACCCAGAGUUUGAGCGGGCCGGACAGAAGCCGGGUCUCCAGGUGUGGAGGGUGGAGAACUUCGACCUGGUGCCCGUCCCCGAGAACCUGUACGGGGGAUUUUACACGGGAGACGCCUACCUCAUCCUCAACACCAUCAAACAACGCUCCGGGAACCUGCAGUACGACCUCCACUUCUGGUUGGGUGAUUUCUGCACCCAGGAUGAGAGAGGCUCGGCGGCCAUCUUUACAGUCCAAAUGGACGACUUCCUGGGGGGGAAACCCAUCCAGUACCGCGAGGUCCAGGGACACGAGUCCAAAACCUUUCUUGGCUACUUCAAGUCUGGAAUCACAUACAUGAAAGGGGGCGUGGCGUCUGGGUUCAAGCACGUUGUCACCAACGAGGUGGUCAUGCAGCGGCUGCUCCAGGUCAAAGGUCGCCGUUCUGUCCGGGCAACGGAGGUGGCGGUCAGCUGGGAUAGCUUCAACCAGGGAGACUGCUUCAUCUUGGACCUGGGAGCUGAGAUCUACCAGUGGUGCGGCUCCCAGAGCAACCGCUUCGAGAAGCUGAAGGCUACUCAGGUUUCCAAGGGUAUCCGUGACAACGAGCGCAGCGGGAGAGCCCGGGUUUAUGUCUGCGACGAGGGGAUGGAGAGAGAGAAGAUAGUAGAGGUGUUAGGCCCUAAACCAGAUCUGCCCGCCGGAGCCUCUGAUGACAUCAAAGCCGACGCUUCAAACAGGAAGAUGGCCAAACUCUACAAGGUGUCGAAUGCCAGUGGAGACAUGACCAUCGCGCUGGUGGCGGCGGAGAACCCGUUCGCCCAGAGCGCCUUGGAGUCCGGCGACUGCUUCAUUCUGGACCACGGCUCCGAUGGCAAGAUCUUCGUCUGGAAAGGCAAAGAUGCCAACUUUGACGAGCGAAAGGAAGCGAUGAAAGCAGCAGAUGAGUUCAUCAAGAAGAUGGGUUACCCCAAACACACUCAGGUCCAGAUCCUGCCAGAGAUGGGCGAGACGCCGCUCUUCAAACAGUUCUUCAAAAACUGGCGGGACAGGGACGAGACGGUGGGCCUGGGCGUGGCCUACAUCGCCAACAGCAUCGCCAAGAUCGAGAAGGUGCCCUUCGACGCAGCCGGCCUGCACGACUCCCCCGCCAUGGCCGCCCAGCAUGGCAUGGUGGAUGACGGCAGCGGAGAGAAGCAGAUCUGGCGUAUUGAAGCAUCCGACAAGGUGGCGGUUGAUCCGUCCACGUUCGGACAGUUCUACGGGGGAGACAGCUACAUCAUCCUUUAUAACUACAGUCACGGAGGACGUCAGGGACACAUUAUCUACAUGUGGCAGGGCGCGGACUCCAGUCAGGAUGAAAUCGGGGCCUCUGCGAUCCUCGGCGCUCAGCUGGAUGAGGAGCUCGGCGGUGGUCCUGUUCAGGUGAGGGUGAUGCAGGGCAAGGAGCCGGCCCAUCUGAUGAGUCUGUUUGGAGGACAGCCCAUGGUGGUGUACAAGGGAGGAACGUCCAGAGACGGAGGUCAGUCUGCUCCUGCAGAGACUCGACUCUUCCAGGUGCGCUCCAACUCCGCGGGACACACCAGAGCUGUGGAGCUCGACGCAGCGUCAUCCAAGCUGAACUCCAAUGAUGCUUUUAUUCUGGUGACCCCCGGAGGCUCCUUCCUGUGGGUGGGCGUGGGUGCCAGUGACACAGAGAAGCAGGGAGCCCAGCAGCUGUGUGACAUCCUGGGAGUGUCGGCCUCUGAGCUGUCUGAGGGAGGAGAGACUGAUCAGUUCUGGGAGGCUCUGGGAGGAAAGACAGAAUAUCGCACUUCUACCAGACUCAAGGACAAGAUGGACGCUCACCCACCCAGACUCUUCGCCUGCUCCAAUAAAACUGGAAACUUCAUCAUUGAGGAGGUACCCGGGGAGAUGACCCAGGACGACCUCGCCACAGAUGAUGUCAUGAUCCUAGACUCCUGGGAGCAGGUGUUCGUCUGGAUCGGAAGUGAAGCCCAAGAGGAGGAGAAGACUGAGGCGAUGGCGUCUGCGGUCCGUUACAUCGAGACGGAUCCGGCCAACAGAGACCGCAGGACGCCCAUCGUCAAGAUCAAGCAGGGCUUCGAGCCGCCCACCUUCACCGGCUGGUUCCUGGGCUGGGACCACGAGUACUGGACCAACGACCCCCUGGAGCGCGCCAUGGCCGAACUGGCCCUGUGAGAUCUCACCUCCCCAUCAGCGCCUGACCUUUGACCCCGCCCCCCUGCUCCACUGCAAGCACUGAGCUCCUACCAUAAGACUUUUUUAGCUGCCAAUGCGCAAAGAAAACUUUUAAACUUUUUGUUGUUUUUGAGAGGGACACUGGUCGAUGAUAUAGUGUUUCAUUCACUUUGUCUGAACCAAUAGCAAUAGAGCUUUAACAGAUACUCAGGCUUCCUGUAGGGUUUGCACUGAACACAGUAUGCUACUUUUAUUGAAGUAUUUUCACAUUUAUUUUCUACAUUGAUAAUAAAACCUCGACUCCAGUGAAAUUUAAUAAAAACAAGUCUUGGUGUGCUGCGACAUCAGAAGACACUGCCAAGAAAAUGCUACAGAUGCCUUAAUAUUUUUGCUCUAGUUUACAGUAAACCUGCUUUUUUUUUAAUUUUAAUUUUUUUUUUUUUUAAAAAGGUACUGUUCCAGUUAAUGGACGCCUUUAUAUAGGAGUUGCUUGCACCUUCAGUUAAGAUGCCUCUUAGGAUAUUUAUUUUUAUUACUUUUUUUUAAUAUUAGGAUUCAUGUCCAGGAAAGCUCGUGAUGCUGCAAUAGCCAACUUUAAAUGGGAAACCAACGCUUUGCUGCUUGACAAUCCCGUUACGUCUUCUGUGACUCUUUCUAAGGUUUCCCUUGUUAUAAUUUCAAUAAAACUUAAUUAAACGUGUUUUAUGGCUCUGCUUGCACAAACACAAACACUGAUCUGAAAAGAAUAAAAUCCACAGACAAAGUACUUU